UCUCUCUCACAGCUAAAACCCUCAUUUUCGAUUGUCUACUGAUUCUUCGCAAACCCUAGAACCCUCCGUGAGAAUGUCGUUGUUCCGUCGAGCCUCGUCUAGUUUGGCCACUCUUGCCUUCCGUGCGGUUAGAUCUCCGGCGAGCCUCCGAAAUGGCGCCGUCUCCGCCGAGAGAUUGAUUCUUCGUACCCAGCAGCUCAGCCGUGGAUCGGUGUUUUCAUUCUCGAGAUUUUCGACGGAGAGUGCGGUGGCUAAAACAACCGCCGACGAGAAUCUGGUUAGCGUUCUCGAAUCUGAAAUCGAGUGCGCAGUGAACGAGGAGGCGCCUGAUGAAAACGUCAUGGAAGAUGUGCCAGAAGGGUUUCCCUUUGAGAUAAUUGAUACUCCAGGAGAACGAACUCUGUUGCUUCAGAGGAAGUUUGAGGAUGAAACAAUCCAGGUCGAAGUUGACUCUUGUGCGACUUAUGAUGACGAUGAGGAAGAAGAAGAGCAAGCAGAAGCUAACGAUGAUGAGGAUGAGGAAAGCUCUGUUAAGCUUCGGAUUCCCAUGGUUGUGAGUGUGGCGAAAGGUGACGGUGUGUGUCUUGAGUUUGGAGUCAGCGCUUACGCCGAUGAGAUUGUGAUUGAUAGUUUAUGUAUCAAACAGCCCCAGGGAUCUGAGAAUGAGCUUGCUUACGAAGGACCCGACUUUGAUGACUUGGAUGAGAAUCUGCAGAAGGCGUUCCACAGGUUCUUGGAGAUCAGAGGGAUCAAACCGAGCUUCACUGGCUUUCUGGCAGAUUAUGUGGCCAACAAAGACAGCAGAGAGUAUCUUCAAUGGCUCAAGGAUGUCAAGUCUUUUGUUGAGAAGUGAAGCUGAUCUUUGUUUCGGAGAUUAAUAAGAGUGAAACUUUUAGGUUGGAUUUUUUUAUUUACUUUGGAUUUUUUUAUUUACUUGAGUUUCUUUCAGCUGAACCUUUUCUCAUCAUUGUCCAUGAUGAAUUGAUGAUACAGAAAAGUCGUUGAAAUGA